GCUCGAAAGUGUGCAAGAUACAAAUGCUUAAAAGUAUCUCCCAGAUACAAAGCCAUAUGUAUUAUUUGCCCCACCUAGGAAGCCCAUCCUAGCCUGCUCAUCCUACUGGAACACAAUUAAUUAUCUCUAAAAGAAAAUAGCGUUUUGCAGUGCGAGAAAGCGGAACCUCAAUGUAAAUGCAAAUGCCAAUGGCAAUUGCCACUGUGUGUGAAAGCCAAUGAAGUGCCCUUCUGUACAAACCAAUUUGUUUUGACGGUGCAAAAGUACUUUUGGGGAAUUUUAAGUGCGUCUCUAACAGUUCGUUUUGGAAUUCACCCGAAUCUCAAGUACUUAGAGCUCAUGGAACAGCACUGAUAAUACAGUAAUUAUUUGUAUGCCCAUUCGUAAAGCGAUCUUGGUUUUCGAAUUCGAAUUUCGCUGGCGCGGGUAAAUAUUUACCAAAAGAGUACGUACUAGUGCGUGUUUCAGUGAAAAGUGCAUUAAUUAUUGGAAAUUUGGCAGUCAGAAUUAAAAAAGAAAUAUUAAUUACCUGCCAGUUGGAUAUUCAUUUGUUGCCUUUCGAUAGCUUUAAGCGCUGGGAAAGUGCCACUUUAAUCGUCAGUAACGGAUGUCCUGAUUUUGCUUUGCCCACCAAGCCACACACACACAGGAAUACACCUACCUAUACAUACAAAAUUAGCCACUGUGGAUGGGUCGAUUGAAUAGGCUACCAAAAAGUUCCGACCCGCACACGGAAACCGCAAAGGCACUCUGUGAAAUCUUCCCGGGGCGAGGACCCCGAAAAACAAACGGCAAACAAAAACACAGGCCCAGAUGUCGGAUACAAUCUCCUUCGAGUUAGGCUCGGCCGCCGACCGGCCACCCAACAGGUUUCAAGUGAACCCCGUCAAUGGAAACAGUCGCAAGUCACAGGGGCCGGAUGGCCCAGGUUCGGGAUCCGGAUCAGGAGCAGUAGGACAAGGAGGACACGGAGAUGAUGGGCCGCACGAGGUCUAUCGUCGUCUAACAAACGCCGACGGCGAGCUGCUUGAGGACGACACAUUCGAUGCGACACAAAUGCUCAACCAACACCAGCCCAGGCAGCAGAGGCAAUCCAUCAAAUCAAGCUUCCGCGACAAGGAUAAACCGUCAAGGUUCAAGGAUCUUCAGACGACGACCCGCUUCCAGGUGGACCCGCAGAAUGAGGAGUCCGACGAGUCGAAUGACUCGCAGGAGGAGCGCGAGCUGCUGGACAACGAGUAUGACACAAAAUAUGGUAAAAGUUUCCGGCACUUCACUCGCGAGGCCUUACCCCGUUUGGACAACUACCGCAACAUGAUGUCCAUCCAGGCGGCCUACCGUCCAACGCUCGACGAGCUGCACAACGCGACGCUGGUGGGCAAGAACACGCACAGCUUGACGCGUAAUCAGGACCCGGAGUCGGGAAUCCUGAAUGGAGUCUUGAAAUUUGGCUGGAUCAAAGGUGUCCUCGUCCGAUGCCUGCUGAACAUCUGGGGCGUGAUGCUGUUCCUGCGACUCAGCUGGGUGGUGGGUCAGGCGGGCGUCAUUGAGGGCUUCGUAUUAAUACUGACAACGACUGCUGUCACGACCAUCACGGCCUUGUCGAUGUCGGCGAUAAGCACUAAUGGUGUCAUCAAAGGAGGUGGCACCUACUACAUGAUAUCCCGGUCUCUGGGGCCAGAGUUUGGUGGCUCCAUUGGACUGAUUUUCUCCCUGGCGAAUGCGGUUGCGUGUGCCAUGUAUGUAGUAGGCUUCUGCGAAUCAAUGUUGGCCAUGAUGGCGACCUUUGAGUGGGAAAUCAUUGACGGCGGUGUUCAGGAUGUACGCAUCAUAGGUUGCAUCACCAUCCUGUUGCUCUUAAUCAUCGUGGUCGUCGGCAUGGAGUGGGAGGCCAAGGCCCAAAUCGGACUACUUAUUAUCUUGCUAGUGGCGAUUGGCGACUUCGUUAUUGGCAGCUUCAUCGGACCAAAGAGUGAAUGGGAAGUGGCUAAGGGUUUCCUGGGAUACAAUGCAACUUUGUUUAAAAAUAAUCUGUUUCCUGACUAUCGGCCGGAGAAGAGCGGCAUUCAACAUGAUUUUUUCUCAGUGUUUGCUAUAUUCUUCCCUGCAGCUACGGGUAUUCUAGCAGGAGCUAAUAUCUCGGGAGAUCUGAAGGAUCCCUCAAAAUCCAUUCCCAAGGGCACUAUCCUUGCUAUCAUCAUCACUACCGGAACGUAUUUAAUCAUGGUCCUGCAGUGCGGUGCUACAGUGGCUCGCGAUGCCACCGGUAAUGUGACGGAUAUGGUCAAUGGCUCCUUUGCAUUCCUCGACUGUCAGCCUGGUGAAUGCAAUUACGGCUUGCAGAACUCUUUUCAGGUGAUUGAGUUGGUUUCUGGCUUUGGUCCGCUUAUUUACGCAGGUUGCUAUGCUGCCACUUUAUCCUCGGCUUUGGCCAGUUUGGUUUCUGCACCAAAGGUUUUCCAGGCUCUGUGCAAGGAUGAACUGUAUCCAAAGAUUGUUUGGUUCGCCAAGGGUUAUGGCAAGAACAAUGAGCCCGUUCGUGGUUAUGUUCUUACUUUUAUCAUUGCCUCGGCCUUCAUCUUGAUUGGAGAACUUAACUUGAUUGCCCCGCUCAUCUCAAACUUUUUCCUGGCCGCCUACAUGUUGAUCAACUUCAGUACCUUCCACGCCAGUCUGGCCAAGCCAGUGGGCUGGCGACCAACCUUUAAGUAUUACAAUAUGUGGCUGAGCCUGCUGGGCGCCAUUCUCUGCGUGGCCGUCAUGUUCCUCAUCUCGUGGGCCACUGCACUCAUCACCUUUGCGGCAGUGCUGGCUCUGUACUUAAUUGUGGCCUACCGGAAACCGGAUGUCAACUGGGGCUCCACGACACAGGCCCAGACAUACAAGAAUGCCCUGAUGUCGGUGCAGCAGCUGAAUAAUGUGGAGGAGCAUGUGAAGAACUAUAGGCCACAGAUCUUGGUUCUUUCCGGCUUGCCAAACACUCGACCUGUCCUCGUUGACCUGGCUUAUAUGCUUACGAAGAACUUAUCGCUGCUUGUUUGUGGUCAUGUCCUCAGGGGUUCCAGUUCCCAGAAAUAUCGUACAUAUCUGCAAGAAAGAGCAGCCAAUUGGUUCCGCAAGCAUCGUGUUAAGGGUUUCUAUGCUUUGGUGGAUGGUGAGGACUUCGAAUCGGGCACUCGGGCGCUGAUGCAGGCUUCGGGUAUUGGCAAACUUAAGCCGAACAUUAUCCUGAUGGGCUACAAGACUGACUGGCAGACAUGCGAUCACAAGGAGCUGGAUCAGUACUUCAAUGUGAUGCACAAGGCCCUGGACAUGUACCUGUCGGUGGCCAUAUUGCGAGUUCCCCAGGGCUUGGAUUGUUCACAGUUGUUGGGUUCCCAGGAUGGUUGGAAGACCGCAUCGGAUGUACCAAGAACCCUGCAGCCGAAUGAGAGUUCCGGGGACUUGCAGGCUGUGGAUAGCAGUGCUCGAAAUGGUUUGGGUGGCAGCAUUGAUUCGCUCAGCCGGAACGUAUCGCAAGAGGACCGAAACCGCAACCAGUUGCUCCAAAGCGAGCAGAGCAGCCUGAAGAUAGUCAAAUUGCGAUUCAAGCAGAGCCUGCGGAGAAUGCGCUCGUGGCCAGGUGCAGCAUCCAGCACGAGCGACCUGUCCUUCAUAGCGGGCAAUCAGUCGAAGGAUGUCUCCGGCAUGCCUGAUCCCUUGGACGCUAAGACAGCCAAUCUUGUGAGCAAUUCGCUGCGCAAGUCGAAGCUGAAACAUGAUGACCCGGCCUCCCUGUACAAGGGUCCCGGGGGAGUUGAGCUGCCUAAGGAGGUCCUCUCGGACCUCACCCAGUUCACUAGAAAGCGUAGCCACGCCGUCAUCGAUGUCUGGUGGCUCUACGACGAUGGUGGGCUCACUCUACUGCUGCCCUACAUCAUCAGUACCAGGCGCACCUGGCAAUCCUGCAAAUUGAGGGUUUAUGCUUUGGCUAACAAAAAGGCGGAGCUGGAGUUCGAGCAGCGCUCCAUGGCCAGUUUGCUGUCCAAAUUCCGGAUUGACUACUCGGAUCUGACGCUGAUUCCGGAUAUUACGAAGAAGCCUCUGGAAACAUCCACACAGUUCUUUAACGAGCUGAUCAAGGACUUUGUAGUGACCGAGAAGGAGGGCGAGAAUGGUAACAGCAGUAGGGCGACCCUCAACGAGGAUGAUGUUCACAUCACUGAUGACGAUCUGCUGGCGGUGCAGGACAAGACGAAUCGAUACCUUCGCCUGCGGGAAUACCUGCGAGAGCAGUCGACCAAAUCGGAUCUGGUGGUGAUGACACUGCCAAUGCCCCGGAAGAACAUUGUAUCCGCACCGCUGUACAUGGCCUGGCUGGAGAGUCUUAGUCGGGACAUGCCGCCCUUCCUUUUCGUGCGUGGCAACCAGACGAGUGUGCUGACCUUCUACUCGUAGGAUCAGCAGGCCAGAUUGGAUCUAUUGUAUUCUACUUACACCUACUGACACUCAAAACUCACCGUUAUUGUUAGGCGAACGAGUAUUUUAUCUCUUAGAAGUACCACCCAUGUACAUAAAAUUAGGGACACCCCACGGAACGCACAGAGGCACUGGCACCAGCAGAGGGAUCGGGAAUCAUCUGAUGGCCCGCAACUAGAUGUUUCAUAUUGUUUAAUGGAGGGGCUGCCUUUACCCCGAUCCAUCUCUGCCCCGUCAAUAUAAACAUUGUUCUAGAAAUCGUAUUUAAAUGCAGUGCAAAUAA